AACAAGCAAGCACGGGACAUUGAAUUGAACGAUGGACACAGAUCGGAUCCUUCUCUCCCGAUUUUCAACGCCACCGUUUUAGAACGUUACCAACAACUUCUCGGUACUCUUUGUUUCCACUUUCGAAACGGGGAAAAUAAAUAAAUAAUAAAUUAUUAGAUAACGCCAGAAUUCCCAGUAACUAUUUGCUCGAAUCGAAACCAGGUCGAAUUUGCAAGACACAGAUCUCAGUGCUAAGCAGGCAGCUAAGAUUAUUGUUCGGAUCAAAGAAAUAAAGUACGGUGCAGAUCUUUGCUUGAUACUGUUCAAAAUUUGUUGAAUGGCGGAGAAAUCAUGCAUCAAGCGCCUCCAGAAGGAAUAUAGAGCUCUUUGUAAAGAGCCAGUGCCCCAUGUUGUUGCUCAUCCAUCACCUAACGAUAUACUUGAGUGGCAUUAUGUGUUGGAAGGAAGUGAAGGAACACCUUUUGCAGGUGGAUAUUAUUAUGGGAAAAUCAAGUUUCCUCCUGAAUAUCCAUAUAAACCUCCUGGAAUCAGCAUGACUACACCUAAUGGACGCUUCAUCACACAGAAAAAGAUCUGCUUGUCCAUGAGUGACUUUCAUCCAGAAAGUUGGAAUCCUAUGUGGUCCGUAUCAAGCAUACUUACGGGGCUUCUAUCCUUCAUGAUAGACAGCAGUCCAACGACUGGCAGCGUGAGCACUACUGCUGAAGAGAAGCAACGUUUAGCAAAAUCUUCCCUUGCUUUCAAUUGCAAGAAUGCAACAUUCAGGAAAAUGUUCCCCGAGUAUGUUGACAAGUACAACCAGCAGCGGCUUUCCGAGCAAGCUGCCUCUGAACAAACGGCAUCUGAGGUGGCAUCUCGUGACAAAAGUUCAGGGCCCAUGUUGAGAAAAGUUACGGGGUCUACAGGAGAAGACAUGAAAGUAGUAGAUGAAUUGAAAGAGGGGAGGAAAAACAGAAAGCAAUCUUUACCCACAUGGAUGAUGUUGUUGCUCUUCUCCAUUUUUGGGCUUAUAAUGGCAUUGCCUCUGCUUCAGCUGUGAUCAUGGACCACAUAAGGAUCUUUAUGGGCGUGAAUGUGGAUCCAUAAAGUGUCGUCCUUACUGGGUUUGAUUCUAUAAGCUACUUGCUUUUAUUUUUUUGGUCAUGACUAACAUGAAUUGUAUAGGGAAUUGAUGGACGAGAAGGCUGCUUUCUUAUGUGUGGGCUGAUUUUACUCCUUUAUGUCUUUGGUGCCAGCUUCUUGGUGGUAAAUACCAAAAAAGUUGCAUGCUUGUGAUGUCCCUAUGAAUCCAGUUUGAGGUUGUCUUCUGGUCCUGUUCUUGUUUAAAUGCUUUAGUUGUUGUGCAGUGUAUGUGCAUGCAAUGAUCACUUAUGGCAGAUUAAGAAGACUAAAUUAUGACUGUUGCGUGUGCAUACGCUGCAUAACUUUAUGAUAUUUCCGAAUUUCCCUUCUUUUUCUUCCUACGCGACUUCUUGUAGCAGAUUGCCAUUGUUCUCGAGGGAUGGCCUAGACUAUUACUAUAGGGAAAGAUAUCUGAUUUAACUUAGCGUAACAUUAGUUUACCUUAAGUUUCUUUUGGUAAUUGGUAUGUACAAAAUUUAGAAAAACUUAGAAAAGAUAGAAUCAUUCCCAUUC